AUGUCUGUUUCUUCUAUGUUGGUGGCUGGGCUGAUUCUCUCGUCAACCUACUACAACUGUUUUGAAUUUGGUAACAGCGGACACUUCAGGUCUGCUUCAUGGAACUUCAGCUGGAAACGAAGGUUAAGAAUAGGUGAGUCGGAGUCCCUUGAGCUUCUCACUCAGCUGCUUCAAUCCAUUGGUUUCUCCAACCAGAGAGAUACCGUUUUCUGGUGCGCUAAAGCUGUUUAUACAACAACAAGUUUUAAUAAGAUGUUCGUAGCUUCAGGUCUGCAGCGAGACUGCUUCUUGAUGAAAGUUUGGAAGCAUAACAUUCCUUCAAGGCUGCAAUUCUUUACAAGGCUUGUUCAUCGGGGGAGAAUAACAUCGAAGGAAUUUUUUGUUCAGCGUGGAGUUUUUGGACAAGAGCAGCAUUACUGCAUUCAUUGUUCUGAGAUAGAAACAAUGUUACAUAUUCUGAUUUUUUGUCCUUUAGCUUGGAGGUUUUGGUCGAAUCUUCUUAUCAAGAUUGGUAUUGUGGUUUGGACGAUGCUGGGUGAUAUAGCAAGCUUUUAUUAUCAGUGGAUGGAUUCGGCAAAUUCAGAUUACAAAGAUCUUUGGGCAACAAUUUGGUUCUUCAGCAUUUGGGAAAUAUGGAAGGCUAUAAAUAAGAUGGUUUUUCGCAAUGAAACUUCGAGAUACAAUGAUUUAACUUUUUAA